AUGGGUACUGAUUCUGAUCUCAACUCCAGCAACACACCCAUCAUGCAACCAAUACAAAAUUCUCAUAAUGGAGGCAAUGCCUCUAGUCCAUAUCACCUCCAUCACUCGGACAAUCCGGGUACAGUUCUGGUUUCGACUCCAUUGAACGGAGACAAUUAUCCUACUUGGUGGAGAGCAAUGCACAUGGCAUUAUUUGCUAAGAACAAGAUGAUGUUUGUUGAUGGGUCAUUCCCACGACCAGCUUCGCCGUCGUCCAACACCCAACAAUGGGAUCGAUGCAAUUUCAUGGUACUUUCGUGGCUCUUAAACGUUGUCAAUCCAACAAUAGCUGACAGUGUAAUUUAUGCCAAAAUGGCAUCAUCAAUUUGGACAGACCUGGAAGAACGAUAUUCACGGAGCAAUGCUCCAUGCAUCUUUCAACUAAAACGAUUGAUUGCCACAAUCCAGCAGGGAACCGAUUCCCUUGCAUCGUACUUUACUCGUCUCAAGGUUUUAUGGGAUGAAUUAGCAUCCUGCAUCUCAGCACCUUCUUGUGCAUGCGGCAUACCUGGUUCUUUACAUUCCCUCGUCCAACAAGAACGCAUAUACCAAUUUCUUAUGGGACUUUUGGACUCUUAUGCUUCCAUUCGGUCUCAGAUCCUCUCUACGGACCCUCUGCCAGAAGUGAACCGUGCAUAUCAUAUUAUUCUUCAAGAAGAACUACAACGAUCCCUUUCUCUACCAUCCACUCAACUAGACACUGCAGCCAUGGCUGUAAACCGUUCCUUUCAAGCUUCACAGACACUCGUAAAUUCAAGAAUAGUUCUUCCACCACUGAUCCCAAUCGCAAUCGUCCUUUUUACGAUCACUGCAACGUCCACGACCACAAAUGAGAGACAUGUUGACCUCUCCAUGGAUAUCCUCCUGGUCAUCCCAAGCAUCGUCGCUCCAACACUGGUUACUCCAACUCUGGUGGGACUAAUAAUUUUCGUGGCCAUACCAAGCUGA